AUGGAUUGUGAAAAGAUCCAUAUAGCACCACCAAUAAAGCCGUCUUGCUUUGUCCUUCAGUGCGUGGUUCUAGUUGCGUUUUUGCUCGCCUCAGCAUUAUGUGCACCUGACAAUGCAGGUACAGAGUUCAUCAUCGGCUACAUGGAAAAUAUCGCGGCUAGCUUUGACGUGGAGCUCUUGGUUACGACAACCAAAACAACCACUGUCAACGUUCAAAUCUCGGCUCCUCGUUACUCUUCCGCGGGAAUCAGCGAGAGUUUCACCGUUACUGCUGGUGUUGUUAAAGAGUUGUCGUUCUCGCCGUUGAUUCGUAUGUCGGGGACGAACAUGGAUUCCAAGGGUAUAUUGAUCAGCGCGGAUGAUGAAGUUGUGAUUUAUGGGGUCAACAAGGAAACGUAUUCGUGUGAUGCCUUUCUCGGUCUUCCCACCGACGUCCUUGGUAAGGAAUACCUCGCCAUCACCUACUAUCCCCCAUCACGACAGUGCGAGAUCUUGAUUGCUGCCGUAAAUGACUCUACAUCAGUAACGGUGACCCUUGGGUCAGCAAUUGGCAAUAGCGAUUACGUCUACUACGAUAGUGUCUACUACUACUCCGGAGAUUCCUUCUCACUUUCAAUGGACAGAUACGAUACGUUUCAAUUCUACAGCACCGGCGAUCUUAGCGGCACCAUGAUCGUCGCUGACAAAAACAUUGCUGUAUUCAGUGGCAACAAGAAGACAACGAUCGGGUCGGGCGAAACUUCCGAUCAUUUAGUAGAACAACUGACGAGGAUCGAUUCCUGGGGCAAGAACUUUAUCACAGUUCCCAUUCCGUUGCGGACAGUUGGUGACUACUUCCGGUUCAUACCGAGUGAGAACUCCACAACAGUGACAAUUACAGGCGGUUAUACCGAAACUUUUACCAUCACUAACGCUGGUGAUAUGGUUGAAAAGGAAAUCCCUUCUACUGCUUACUGCAAAAUUACUUCAGACAAACCAAUUCUUUUGGUGCAAUUUUGUUUGAGUCAGCAGAAAAGGGGCGAGAAAUCUGAUCCGAUGAUGAUGAUUAUUCCGCCUAUCGAACAGUUCGCUGCAGAUUACACGUUCGCCACGCCGAAAUAUUCCCAGGGGUCGUAUAAUAACUACUUCAUGUUUGUGGUGAAAGAAUCCCAGAAGGACGGACUCCGACUGGACGGUGACGUGUUUCCAUCUACCACGUAUAACAGUAUCAGUGGAACCGAAUACGUUGCUGGAUACGUGACCGUUAGUCACGGCUCCCACACCGUUCGGCACACCUCUACCAUCUCCAUGUUCGGUGGCUACUUAUACGGCCAAGCAAAGUACGAGACAUACGGAUUUACAACAGGCAUGCGCAUGGCCCCAAUCAACACUGUAUGUGUUAACUCUACGUCUGUGGUUGGUGAUGGUUUGGACAACGACUGUGACGGCCUGAUAGACGAGGAGCUUUGUACGUCAGCCAAUGGCGGAGCAGAUAAUGACGGAGAUGGCUUGGUUGAUGAAGAUUGUGCGAAACCCGCUCCAGUUGACGGCGGGGUUACAGACUGGACAUCGUGGGACACGUGUACCGUCACGUGCGGAGGGGGCAUUCAGGGCCGAAAUCGUAGCUGUACCCAACCAGCCCCUGCCCACGGGGGUGCCAGUUGCAAUGGACCGGACUCCGAGACCCAGGAUUGUAACACCGCCGUUUGCAUCAUCGAUGGAGCCUGGGGAGCCUGGGGAGCCUGGGGAUCGUACUGUGUGUGCACAGUCACGUGUGGAGGUGGAAGUCAGUCGCGCACACGAAGCUGUGACUCUCCACUUCCUGCCAAUGGAGGCCUCCAAUGUUCGGGAGACUCUAGCGAGUUUCAAUCGUGCAACAGUGCUGUCUGUCCAAGCCCAUCCCCCGGUACCUAUGUGCAGAUUUGCCCCUCCGGAUGGUUUUCGUGCGAAAAUCCAUGUCCGGGCGGUGCUUCCAGCUCCCGUUCCUGCUCCGGAGCGGCAGAAGCCAUUUCGAGGGUUAGCGUGGUCCUGAUGCUGGUUUGUCUCUUUGUGGCUGGAAGAAUUGCGAUCUAAAGAAGAAUAAGAGAAAGAACACACAGAAAAGACACAUACUGUAAACAUCCAUAUGUUAGCGGUUUUCUUAUUUUAGCGCCUCAUAUGCUUUACAAAUUGCGCUAAUUGAAACGUCUGUUUAACAUGUCUAUAACGUAUAUUAUGGGUGCGCUAAUUAAUCCAUGCCCUUAUCUGUUACAAUUCGAUUAUGAGCCUAAAUUUCAGUGCGCAAUUUAAAUACAUUCUAGUACGUUAACAGUGUUU